UGUGAGCUAAGGCCGUCAGCUCGCGGUCCUUCCAUUUCACAGUUUAUUCAAAAGCUCAGGCCUGCGAACGAGUCUCAGUUCACCUUUUGCCUUUUAAUACAAAUAAGACGGAUUUAGCUCCCUGCAGUGUUUGUUCCUUGGAUUAAUUGGAUUACUUAAUUUGGAUUAAAGGUAAAAAUGAGGUAGCAGAAGCAAUCUUUCGGGAUGUCAAACAAUGGAUUCAUCAGUAAAGACGUCGUCAUUGCAAAUAUCAUGAAAUACAUUUCCUUAGUUUUUGUUAUAAGCUCAUUGUUAGCAACAAAAUGUUCCGGACAGAUCAAUCGUCCGCCAGAAUUUGUCAAAGGUGGGGAUAUGGACAAAUUCUCAUUAAACGAAGAUACGCCAGUUGGGUCUUCUGUAUAUACUCUGCGGGCCAGGGAUCCAGAAAACACUCGCGUCCACUAUUACAUCAGCGGUGAUUCCUUAUCAGUGGAGCGAGACACGGGGGUGGUCAAGCUGAUCCGCCCCCUCGACAGAGAAGUCGAGAGUUCAGUCGAGGUCAUCAUCAGCAUUACAGACGAGAGCGUUGCUGGCCUCCAACCCAACACGAUAUCAAUACGAAGAGAAAUUCUCAUCUUAGAUCAAAAUGAUAAUCCUCCAAAAUUCCAAAAUGCACCCUAUAUCAUCUCAGUAGAUGAAACUACAACUCCUGGAACCACCAUUUACAAAGAUAUCAUAGUAACAGAUGCAGAUAUAGGAGCCAAUGCUGAAAUGAAACUCUCUUGUUUAAGUGAACUAACUCCUUUAGCGUGCCAAAAAUUUGAAAUUCGAAGCGUUGCCAUUAGUGCUGGAAGAAUUCGAGGAGAAAUUGUUCUAACAGAAGCAGUUGAUUAUGAAGAACAGACAUCGUACACGAUGUCAAUACAAGCUGAAGAUUUAUCAGAAUUCAGAAAAAUGAAAUCAACUACUAGUAUUUUAAUAAAUAUCAAUGACAUCCAAGAUCAGCCACCGCUGUUUCAAAACGCCCCAUUUACGGCAACAGUUCUGGAGAAUAGUGUUAAGGGAACUUCAGUAUUGAAUCUGGUUGUCCGAGAUGGAGAUUCUGGAGAUCCUAGAGAAUUGCUGUUACUUAUAGAGAAUGAUGACAAUGGGUAUUUCCGAUUAGGAGAAAUAUCGCAGGAUGAUCGGAAAGUCUUUACAACGACUUUACAAACAAAUAAUCCCAUCGAUAGAGAAAAUGAGGAAAUUUUGGACAAUGGUGGGCUGUACAUGUUUCGUGUAAAGGCUAUAGAACUCGUGGAUGGUUUGCCUGUUGGAGAAUCUACCACAUCAAAUGUUACUAUCGUCGUUGGCGACGUCAAUGAUCAAGCUCCUUUGUUCAAUGAAAGAGAAUUCAAUGUGACAAUUCCAGAAGACAUCGGAACGAACACGCCGCUUCCCGGUCUCAAUCUUGUUGUUACAGAUAUGGAUGUGGGAGAUAAUGCAAAAUUUGAAUUGGUUUUGGAAGACAUGUUAAAUUCCGAAGGAAUGUUCGCAGUAUUUCCAUCAGUUGCCAUUGGAAGGACCCCUGUCAUCAUUCGUGUCAUCAACGCCAAUGAAUUAGAUUACGAAAAACCAGAGAAGCGACUGUUUAUCUUUAAAGUUAAAACGAUUCAAGAAGGAUUCGCCAGUGAUUCGGCAGUUGUAACGGUUACACUAACGGAUGCCAAUGAUAAUGCUCCAAUGUUCGAAAAGGAUCAGUACACAUUGCAUGUACCAGAAAAUGUUGCGCCAGGAACCAGUGUGUUUAUAUUACCUGCACGUGACAAAGACAGCAGUGCGUUUGGAAAAGUAACUUAUUCAUUAAAAGGAUUCGGUUCGGACAAAUUCGAGGUUAUUCCAGAUACUGGAGAAAUAAUAGUGUCGGAUUGUGGCCAAAUCACAUGUCUGGAUUACGAAGCCCAGAAAAGUUACUCUUUGACUUACGAAGCGAUGGACGGAGGCGGACGAGUCACGGCAGUUAAUCUGUUUAUGGAAGUAACAGACACGAACGACAAUGCUCCUCAAUUUGCCAAGGAUAUCUACACGCACGAAGUGCUGGAAAAUACUGAAAAAAUCUUACCGCCAUUGUUUAUUAAGGCCACAGAUUCAGAUGGUCCGAGUCAAGGCAAUGGCAAAGUCACUUACAGCAUUAUGUCAAGCGAACUGGCAGAUCCCACUGCGAUUACCAUAGACCCUGAAAGUGGGGAAGUUUCCCUUACUCGCCCCCUGAAGCAUUCCGAAACACCUGCGGGAAUAGGACUGCUGAACAUUAUCAUCAGAGCAACCGAUCACGGGGAACCGCCUUUGUCUUCUACAGCAAAGUUGGUGUUGAAAGUCAAAAAAGAAAAUGAUGGAGCACCCGAAUUUUCUAAUCUUCCAUACCGAGUGAGUGUAAAGGAAAAUGCGAAAGGAGGAACUAGCGUCUUAAGAAUAGUUGCAACAGAUCCCGAUGGACCUGAUUCCGACAUUAGCUAUUUCAUUCACAAUGGAGCCAAAGAUAAUUUCGUCCUCGACCAAAAAUCAGGCCUGAUAGCUGUAGCGUCUGGAGCAGAUCUGGACAGAGAUGUUUAUGGACUUGAUUACAGCAUCAUAGUACAUGCCGUUGAUGCGGGUAACCCAGUACAGCAAACAGCUACAGCUACGGUUUCUAUAUCGGUGGAAGAUGUUAACAACAAGCCCCCUAAAUUCUCCGAAGAUUCUUACGUGAAAUAUAUUUCUGAAAGUGCCAAUAUCGGAGACGAAGUUCUCAGUGUGAUUGCAACGGAUCCAGAUGAAAAUGCCAAACUGCGUUACUCAAUAGUUGAGCCUAUUGUGGCCAGAGAUAAAACUGGUUCUGUCGUAACUUCUUCUGCUUAUAAUUACAAGAAUGCUUUCAGAAUCGAUGGAACAACAGGAAAAAUUAUUGUUAAUCAGCCAUUGGAAUAUAAUUCAGCUUCUGUUAUUAUUUUAACUGUUGAAGCAGUGGAUCUCAAUGCCGUGGAUAUAACAUUUGGAAGAGAACAGAAAACUUCAGUGGAAGUGACAAUUUACAUUCGGGCUCACGGAGAAAUGAAUCCUGUAUUUUCACCACCUUGGACACAAGCUCAUCCUGCAAUCGAAAUUACGGUACCAGAGGAAACUAUGAUUGGCUCAACUCUGCUUACAUUAUCGGCUUGGGACCCUCUCACACAUACCGUUGUCAACCACUUCGAAAAGAUAUCUGGUUCAGAUCCUGAUAAUUAUGUUUCUGUCAGCCCAGUUUCAGGUGUGGUUGCAUUAAACAGAAGAUUGGAUUUCGAAGCUCUGCCUUCAAAGCAUAUAAGUUUUAAAGUGAAGGCUAUCAUCGGAGAAGCAAAAAAUCAAAGAUCAAGCGAAGCAUCGGUCAUUAUCAAUGUUCAAGACAUUAACGAUAACAGCCCUGUAUUUUCUCAAAAUUCCUAUACAACUAGCAUUUCUGAAUCAGCAGAAUACCCUGAAAGCAUUCUGACAGUACUAGCUUCAGAUAAAGACAGUCAGGACGGUUUUGGAACAAUCAGGUAUUCCAUAUCAGGAGAUGGAAGCGACGUGUUUGACAUUGACGAAACAUCAGGUACAAUAUCGAUACGAGAAAAUGCAACCUUAGAUAGGGAGAGACAGGCAACCUAUAAUUUACAGAUUACAGCUACAGAUAAUCCCAGAGGCUUGGCCAAUCAAAGAAGGACUUCAAUUAUUGUUGUCAUCAAAAUCCUCGAUGAAAAUGACAAUGCGCCAAAAUUCAACCAAGAGAUAUACACCGCUGUGAUACCAGAAAACGUGCCAACUGAUUUCAGUAUUGUGACGGUGAAAGCAACUGACGUAGACAGCGGGGCAAACGGAGAGGUUACGUACAAACUUCAAGAAGACGGUGAAAAUCAGCCUAUGAACUUCUUUGCUGUUGAUACCGAAACCGGUGUGGUGUCAGUCAUCCGCGCUCUGUCCGGCAAAGGUCGAAGCGAUCCUUACACGGUGAUCAUUGAGGCCAGAGACAAAGGCAAUCCACCUUUGAGUUCCAUCUGCCACCUUCUGGUCGUUAUUGGAGACAUCUCUACGAAUGACGGGGUGCCACAGUUCAUUCGGCCGACUGCCGGGGAAGUGGCGUAUAUUCACGAAAAUGUAACAGUAAGAACUCAAGUAUUUCAAGUGGUCGCAUUCGACCCAGAUAAUUCAAAUACAGCCAAUGGUAAAGUAGCUUAUAAGCUACUGGACGACGAGAGAUCUGAAGAUAGUGAUUAUGAGUUUGUCAUCGAUGCAGCAACAGGUGUGAUUACAACUCAAGCUCCACUAGACAGGGAGCGCAAAGAAAAUUAUACGAUGAUCGUUGUUGCUCACGACUUUGGAUUUCCUCCUCAAGAAGCUCAUCGUGUCUUGAGGAUUUUCGUUUUAGAUGUGGAUGACAGCGAACCACAAUUUCAGCGACCAUUGAAAUCGCAGCCAAUCGAAAUUGUUUUGAAAGAGGAGGAACCAAUUGGAACGAUAGCUGGUGUUUUAAAAGCGGUUGAUAAUGACACGGGAGUCAAUUCUAUCAUCGACUAUUAUAUAUUAAAUGGCAACGAUGACGAUGUGUUCAGCAUUAGACGAUCAUCAAACAACGAAGGUGAAUUAAUGGUGCAGAAAAGAAUCGAUCGCGAAAAAGUGGACAAAUUCACCCUCACCAUUAAAGUGAGCAAACCAUCCGAACCAGUCACGGAAUUUGGUGAGCCAUACAAUUAUCAGGACUUAUCUCAAACUCAAGUGACUAUUCUGGUAGAAGAUAUUGAUGACAACCCACCAACUUUCGAGAAUUCUAACUAUGUUUUAGGAGCAAGAGGAAAUACGGAUGUUGAUACAGAAUUAAUCACCUUACAUGCUUUUGAUCCGGACGUGUCUUCUAGUCCCAUGACGUACAGCAUUAAAAGCAUGACAUUCAUUAGACCAUCAACUGAUGAAAACGUAGGUUUGGAUGCAUUUCAUAUCAAUUCUGAAACUGGUGUCAUAAACAACAACGAACCUCUGGGCAAAUACGUUGGUGGACAUUUUGACAUCACCGUCGAAGCCCGUAGUUCUCCCGAUGCUCGUUUUGUAGCUCAUGCCAAUGUUAAGAUUUACAUUCUGCAGGAUCGGGAUUUACUGAAAUUCGUAUUCUACAAGCGGCCAAAUGAAGUCAGAGAGAUAAUUCCGGAUUUUGAAAAAGCUUUGAAAGAAGCAGUUGCUCAACCAAUCUCUUUGAACAUCUAUGAUACAAAUUUUUAUGCCAGGAAUGAUGGUAGCCUAGAUUUUGAAAGCACAAGUUCGUGCUUUCAACUUCUGGAAAAUGACGUCAUUAUUGAGCCAAAGAAAGUCAUGAAGAUCCUGAAUAAAGCCAAAUCGCCAAGUGUUCGUGAAUUAUAUUCGAACUACAGCUUGGUAGCAAUCGAAAGUUGCGCUUCAAGCCGAGAAGCUUAUAGAAUGCUUUGGAGUGAAAUAGUCGUCCUUUUCAUAGCUGCCCUCAUGGCGUUUGUGUCUUUCAUACUAUGCAUACUCAUCUGCACCAUGUAUUCAAAUUAUAAGAAAAAAUUGAAGAGAAUGUCAUAUUUUCAUAGCGUAUACUUGACAGAAAAUGGGGGACAUCCACCAAUACUGAGUCCUGCUGAGCAACAAAGGAUCUACGAAUGGCAGGAAAUGAAUGCUCCUCUGGCUGAUGCUGCAUCUUUUCGUAGCUAUCCGACUCUUCGAUAAUGUUGACAGCACAUUAUUAUAUUGCAAAACUUUAAAUAAAAAAUCGGACAAAUGCCACUAUUUCUCGGAAUCCAACAACCUCAUGAUAGGUGUCAGUCAUCUACUACAAGCGGGUAUACUGAAGAAAGAAUAAUUAACGAAGAAUGAGAUGAAAUGGACAUAUUUAUAUAGCAGUAAUUUCAUGUUAAAACAUAACGUUUUGUACAGAAAUUCAUUUCCCUUUGUAUAGUUUAUAAUUUAUUAAUAUUUUAAAUAACUUGUGUCUGGA